ACUAAUGGCAUUUGCUAAAGUGCUCUUCCAAAGCUUCAACAACAUCGCCGAGCUUAGGAGACGAGAAAAGCCCUGCCUGUUCCAACUGUGCGAGUCCUUGUUUCGUUAAGCGAACAUAGUCUACGGGGGCUAAGCCCCCAUCAAAGGCUGCUGAAAUGAUUCACUUCUUCAUCCUUAUGAGCCGCCAGGGCAAGGUGCGGUUAGCUAAAUGGUACUCCACAUACAACAUGAAGGAGCGUGCUCGCGUGGUCAAGGAGAUCACCCCAAUGAUUCUCGCGCGGCCGCUUAAGCUGUGCAACUUCCUUGACUGGAAGAACAUUAAGCUUAUUUACAAGCGGUACGCGAGCCUCUACUUCGUGUGCGGCGUGGACGUGGCAGACAACGAGCUCAUAACCCUGGAGAUUAUCCACGAGUUCGUGGAGGUUCUGGACCGCUACUUCCAGAACGUGUGCGAGCUGGACCUCAUCUUCAACUUCCACAAAGCCUACUACAUACUGGACGAGCUGCUGGUGGCGGGCGAGCUGCAGGAGCCCAGCAAGAAGGCCAUCCACAAACACAUUGCCGACCAGGACCAGAUGGUGGAGGACGCCAAGAACGGCACGCCGCAGGAUGGAGCCCCGCAGAGGGCAUAGCGCCGCCCUGCCUGAGCAGGAGGGAGGAGGGAGCGCGCGGGUGCAGGCGCAGCGCAUGCACGUGGGCGGCACCGGGCGGGGAAGAGCAGGGUGGGCAGGGUGCGGCGCGGCCUGGGGGGGGGGCCAGGGGCGGUGAGCACCGGGGCGCACGGGGCGGUGGGCGGCUGGUGCCGGGCCUGGCGCCCUGCGCUGCCGCCAGCGCGACACGGCGCAGCAGAGCAGCUGGACACGUGGCGCCGCCGCGGUUAUCGGCGGCAGGGCAUUCGAUGGUUGAUGGGCCUGCGGCGGCGGAAGCGGGGCUUGGCGCUGGCCGCGAGGCUACGUCAGUGGAGGAUUGGACAGCUUACGCCGGCCCCCAGGGCGCUGCUGGGGCGGGGGCAGUCGCACCUGUGCGCGCUGCAGGGCCAGGUCGCGGCUGUGGUAGUGUCACAGACAGUGACCUGGCACGGCGCGCGUGCGGCAGAGGGUGGCAAGCUGUCGGGGCUGUGCAGGUCCACCUACCUGCCCGGCGGCCGCCAGUGCGUCACCACCACAAGCCAGCCAGCCUGCCAGCUCCCACAGCUAGGAGGCAAACACUAGAAUACCGGCGGAACGGAGGCGGUGGAGCCAGUACAGCAACCAGACUACAACGGACUCCAGGACAGGUGCCAGCAGCUGCCCCAGCUGCGCUACCGGCCUGGCCGGGAUGACGAGGUCGUCGCUGUCAUCGCCGCUGACCAGGUUAUACACCAGCACCGUGCGAACGCGGUCGCCGUUGCCUGGCAGGAGAGCACGGGACCGAGGCGGGAGUGAGCGAGCGUGGAGCGGUGGGGAGCGACGCAGCCGUCACACAACUCUGGCUCCGCGUCCCGCCGGUUGCUGACUGGACAGCUGUGGUUGUCUCCUCGAGCGGGCUUCAGUCGGGGGCGCUGACAAUCAAUUUUACAGCCCUCUCAAUGCGAAGUCGUGAGUCUUGGACAUCCUGAAUGCGUUCGCUUGUACGUUAGUUGAGGUGCUAACGGCAGAAUGCACCCCGGCGUGGUGUGGGGCCCCCUCGGCUCCAUUAGUCAAGCUGUAACAGUGUGGCUCAAACAGGUGUUCCAGACGGCGGGGCCCCGUAUUCUGUUGUCUUGAGCGUGGUUGAUUGCGCUGACACGCCAGCAUAGCGUUUUGGAAGUGCAGCCAAAGGGAGACAAUGCAAGGGCCUUUGUACGCCCAAAUGCAUGGUUAGGGGGGGUGCGUAUAGAAGCCCGACCCC